CGUGAGUGAACACGGAAAUCGAGAUGUGUGUGUGGUCAAAAAGACAGUGCAAGGUAGGGGUCGGGUGGCGUUUGUGAUGGCAAAAAUUUUGCAAAUGCACGGUCACUGACACUAGCACCAACAAUGGACCAGCAAUUUUGUUUGCGCUGGAACAACCACCCAAACAACCUAACAGAUGUGCUUGUAAGCCUAUUACAACGAGAAGCACUUUGCGAUGUGACACUUGCUUGCGAUGGGGAAACAGUCAAGGCACAUCAGACAAUACUCUCCGCAUGUUCCCCAUAUUUUGAAAGUAUUUUCUUACAAAAUUCACACCCACAUCCGAUAAUAUUUCUAAAAGAUGUGCGGUUUUCAGAGAUGAGGUCUCUGUUAGAGUUCAUGUAUAAGGGAGAGGUGAAUGUUGGCCAAAAUAUGCUACCGAUGUUCCUAAAGACUGCUGAAAGUUUACAAGUUAGAGGUUUGACAGAAAAUAAUGCACUGAAUCCUAAGUCAGAAGAGAGAUCGACGCCGUCCGUGAGCGCGGAGAACCUGUCGUCGCGCGGCGAUUCGUUCGCGACACCGCCGGCCGCGCACGCGCCCGCCGCGCUGACGCCGCACCCGCAGCCGGCCGCGCAUGCGCCGCACGUGCCCCACGCCGUGCCGCCCGAGAAACGACGCAGGAAGAACUCCACGCUGCCUCGCGAGGACAUCGAGCUGCCUUAUCGCCACUAUGAGGGUCACGUCAAGAGCAACACGGGGAAGGGGUCGACGGGGUCGGGCUCGGAGCCGUCGACGCCGCCGCCGGCGCACGGGCGCGCGGCGCGCUCGCCCGCGCACGCGCUCGUGAAGCAGGAGCCCGACACCUACACGCACGCCGCGCACGCGCACGCGCUGCCGCACGCGCCCUUCGACCAGGCGCACCUGCCGGGUAUGGGAGUAAACGAAAUGGCUUCUAUGUUGACACAACACUCUAUGAACAACGACUGCAAUGAAAGUGAGCCCAUAAUGCAACCACACCCCGACCAAACGGACACCAUUGAUGGUGAUAAAUAUGCCGAUGAAAACGAAUUACCUCGGGAACAAUUCGGCAAUUGGAAUAUAGCAAAUAUUGAAAACAUAGUUAAAACAUUAGCAUUAAAUCACAGACAGUACAGCGAUCCCGUGUCCUGUAAAAUAUGCGGUAAAAAUGUUAGCAAUAUUAAGAAGCACAUGAAAUCUCACAAUCCAGAACAACACAAGUGCCCCUUAUGUCCUACAAUUUUAACUCGAGCCGACAAUCUGAAGAGGCAUUUGAGAAUGAAACAUUGUUCUGUGCUUGGUGACGGCUCGCUGGUUGCAGGCUCGAAGGGCUGGCACAUGCGGCUGACGUUCGAGCGGGUCGCGGGCGCGCUCAACCUGCACCGCUGCAAGCUGUGCGGGAAGGUGGUGACGCACAUCCGCAACCACUACCACGUGCACUUCCCCGGCCGGUUCGAGUGCCCGCUGUGCCGCGCCACCUACACGCGCUCCGACAACCUGCGUACGCACUGCAAGUUCAAGCACCCCGCCUACAACCCGGACACGCGCAAGUUCGAACCGCCCGCGCCGCCCCACGCGCCCCUCUUCAACAACGUGCACCUCGACGCCGGCUUCGACUGAUCCUUCUGGCCCGGCCUCGAAGCUCUGUGAGCUCGGCCCCCGGACGUUUCCUACUUAGGAUUAAGCUGAAGUGCUAUUACUUAAGCGGGCCUUAGAUUAACACUCGUUUAGUAUUGUCUCGGUUGUGCGUUCGACUUGCCCCAGUGUACCCUCGUAUGAGAUUCCGCGGAAGUACCGUGUAGACUAUUCGAUUGCGGGUUGCGCUCCCGAGUCGUGGUCACUCGGGGUGU